AUGGUUAUGAAAGCAAAGAAUGUCAAUCUCAAAAACAAGAACAAUAAUGCAACCGAGAUUCAUUUCAGAGGCGUCAGGAAACGACCGUGGGGCCGUUACGCCGCCGAGAUCAGAGAUCCCGGCAAGAAAAGCCGCGUCUGGCUCGGCACGUUUGACACCGCCGAAGAAGCCGCUAGAGCCUACGACGCCGCCGCUCGUCAGUUCCGUGGUCCCAAAGCCAAAACCAACUUCCCGCCUCCUUCCGACAACAAAGAAAACAACCUCAACAACAUUAACAGCAAUCAGAGUCUAAGCCAGAGCAGCACCGUUGAGUCGUCCACGCCUGAGCGUGCUCUCACGCGCUCUCGUGAAGUUCCGAUUGGUGGCGUCAUGGAUCGUUUUCCGUUUCUCUCGAUCCAGCAACAAAUCAUGCCGUUUCCCGCUGCUGCUGUGGACGGAAUGGUAACAACUGCUGUGAACCCGGUUUUCUUUUAUGAUCCGUCCGGUCGAGCUGAGUUUAUGAAUCAGCGGUUUUCGACUAGGUUUGAACCGGGUCCGGUUGAGUUUAACAUCGGGUUUGGCGGUAGUAGUGGGGUUCAGAGUGACUCCGAUUCGUCAUCUGUUGUUGAUUGUCAGCCAAAGAGAGCUCUCAAUCUUGAUCUUAACUUAGCUCCACCAAUGGAUGUUUAA